AUGUUCAUCGAAUCACUGCAUUCGGGCUCGCCGAAGCCAAGAAAAACAUCCAGAAAAAAAAAGGAAAAAGUGCUCGCCAACCUGGCGUUCCAACACAUCUAUUUGCUAUACCAAUGGGCCGAUUGUGAUGUUGCAAUAUAUGUGACUCGGAACACGUUUGGAAAGAUGUCCGGGAACAAUUCGGAACCCGUCCACUCGAAGUUGUGGGCCCACAUAUCGACACCAAGUCACACUUUACGAUAUGCAAUUCAAGUCGUCGCUUUGGGCAAGAAGGAU